CAUCCUUUGUGCCAAACACUGUUGAAUUCCCAAUGUUUUGCAAAUGGAAACCACAUGCAUAGAGUCAAGGUCACGUACGAUUCUCGAUUCCUCAGCAGAGACGACUGGGGUAGAUAAACAACUCUCUCUCUCUCUCUCUCUCUCUCUCUCUCCUUCUCUCUCUCAGACUCUCUCUCCCUCUCUCGCCCCCGUUACCUGGAUCUGUGCUGCGCAUCCGCGUGGAUGCAUCUCGCGCCUCAUUGUCAUUCUUUCCGCGUUCAUGCGCUUCGCUGCUGCUUCAUUUUCCAUACGAUUUCUGGAUCUCGCUGUGGGUCAGAUUGGCUUCUUUUAUUUCCAACGCACCAGCCUUAAAGCAAAUGAUGUGGACAGCCAACGAUCCCGCAAGUGUUUAGUUCUUCUCAGACUCUGAGGACACAGAGUGCGCGUGCUGUGUGUUGCUGAUCUCGUGGCCAGGAUGAUUCCUCGCUGAGGAUCCUCUAUGAUGGAUGUUCAUGUUCCAGUAUCUUCAUCUUCUUCUUCAUCAUGUCUCCAGCAGCUCCGGUCACUGACAGCAGUGCUUCUGAUGUCCUGCACGAGCACGAGCACACGGACGCGCCGCGGGAACUGCAACGACCCUUGAAGCAGUCCCUGAGCAAGUCCCUGUGUCGCGACUCACACUGGAAAUGCCUUCUUCUGUCGCUGCUAAUGUACAGCUGCGUGAUCGCGAUGACCUGGUGCCAGGUCACGAAGGUCACGCGCCUCUCCUUCGACAGCGCCUUCAAGGGCAAGUCCAUGAUGUACCACGACAGUCCCUGUUCAAACGGCUACAUCUACAUCCCAGUGGCUUUCCUCGUCAUGCUCUACGUGGUUUACCUAGUCGAAUGUUGGCAUUGUAACUCGCACAACGAACUUCAGUUCAAAGUAGACCUGGAGAGCAUCGCCGAGCGCGUGCAUCGCAUGCAACAAGCCACGCCUUGCAUCUGGUGGAAGGCUAUUAGCUAUCACUACGUACGCCGGACGAGACAAGUAACUCGCUACCGCAACGGGGACGCUUACACGACCACGCAGGUUUACCACGAGCGCGUGAACACACACGUCGCCGAGGCCGAGUUUGAUUACGGGAACUGCGGGGUUAAAGACAUUUCCAAGCACUUAACAGGCCUCGACAGCUUUCCGGUGACCAGGCUACGCUUCACCAAGUGCUUCAGUUUCGCUAACGUCGAGUCCGAGAACUCCUAUCUGACGCAAAGAGCGCGUUUCUUCACCGAAAACGAAGGACUUGACGAUUACAUGGAAGCUCGGGAGGGGAUGCACCUCAAAAACGUCGAGUUUAAGGAAUACGUGCUUGCGUGUGCAGAUCCGGAUCGCUUGCCUUGGUACGCGUCGCAGUUUAGCUUCUGGUUGGCGGCGACGCUGACUUUAUCCUGGCCGUUGCGCGUCCUAACGGAGUAUCGCACGGCGUACCUUCAUUAUCACGUGGAGAAGCUUUUUGGGUUUGACUAUGUCGCCGUUACGCCGCUGGACGAGAGGCCGUUUUGCCGCCGCAUCCCUCGGGUAAACACCAUCGACAGCACAGAGCUUGAGUGGCACAUUCGCUCCAACCAACAACUCGUUCCCAGUUACUCCGAAGCCGUGCUAAUGGAUCUGGCACAGCAGUCCAGCUGUAACACGUCCGCGUCUCGUGGGAUCGGCGCGGCCGGUGGAAGUGGCUUCGGUGGAUAUCGGCAAAACUGCGAACGCUGCCAUCGGUCCAUUAGCAGCUCGUCGAUAUUCUCGCGUAGCGCAUUGAGCAUCUGCAACACUAGCAGCCCGCGAUUACCCUUCAGUGGCAGCCGGUUCUCGCUGGGACGUUUGUACGGUUCACGUCGUAGCUGCCUUUGGAGAAGUCACAGUAGUAGCUUGAACGACCCCGGCUGCGCGACGGAAAGCACGCGAUGUUUGGCCGGUCAGUCAGCCAAUGAGGAGAGCCCACCUUCUCCACCGGCCUAUCAGGACGCGCUGUAUUUCCCCGUACUGAUUAUCCACCGUAACGAGGGCUGCCUCGGUCAUGACCGCCAUUCAUUGCACCAUAACGGAUCCUGUGUGGAGACGUCGUUAUAGCGUUUGCAAAUGGACGUGGAAAAUUUAUUCGCGAAUUGAUGAUUCAUGAUUUGUGGAACAGACUGGUACUGAAACGGCCACGCCCAAAUGAGAGAAUGCUUAAUUUCCCUCCCAAAAUGUACAAUAGCACAAAUGUACAAUAACAUUUAUUUUGACAAACACAUUAAGAAAGUACAUCGGGUUUCGUUUGAGUUCAUGUUGACUUAAAAUGAAAAUUGCAAACGGAAUGGAACUUUUUUUCCUCUUGCUUUGGUGAUUCAGAAAUGUCAGUUUCAGUGGUUAUGCAAAAAAAAAAAUUAUGAUAGCACAGAAAUAACUUACACAAACACUGAAUUUCAUUUUAUUACAUUUCUUCAUAACAAAUGCGGUCUGAUUUUAUUAGGAUAUUAAAGGUUAGGUGAUAGUUCACCGUCUGUGUCUGGUCAUACGGCCGUGACCAGAAAUGAGAUUAUAGUCUGUAAAGUUAU